AUGGCAAUCCGAUACACCUCUGCUCUGGCCGCUGCCCUAUCGCUGACCGGCGUCGUCGGCGCCGCGGCCGUCGCGCGCGAUGAGACUUCGCCCCUGCAGAUCCCCCGCAUCCAGGUCGACCCGUCUCGGUACGUCGACCCCGACUUCCCCGGGCUCGCCUUUGAGCAGGCCUCGUUUGUCAACUAUGCCCUCAACAAUGACGGCACCCCCAACGUCUUUUCGCAGAACCUGAUUAAUGCCAUCUUUGCGCGGACAGGCGGCAAGCCGCUGAUCCGGCUCGGCGGUACCGCCGCUGACUAUGCGCGCUUCGACGCGGACCAGGCUGCGCCGGCGCUGCCGCGUGCCGAGGUGGGCGACGACGACGGCGCGCAGCAGCAGGACCUGGGCGCGCUGACGAUUGGCCCCGCGUACUGGGACCUGGUGGCCAGCAGCUUCCCGAGCGCGCAGUACAUUGUCCAGCUGCCCAUGGCAGACCCUGAUAUCGCGCGGGGUGCAGUGCGCUGGGCCAAAGCGGCGGCGGGCAAGAUUGGUCUGGAGCGGAUUCAUAGUUUCCAGCCGGGCAACGAGCCCGACUUGUAUCCGGCGACGGGGCUCGGCCCGCCGCGGUGGCAGGGCCACCAGGACAAUGGCACGUACGUGGCCAACUUUCUCAACUACUGCGACGCCGUGGCCGCGGCCGUCGGCCUGCCGCGCGGCACGCGCAAGUUUCAGGCGCUCGACACGGCCUCGCACCCGGCCGACCCCGCGCAGGACGUCUUCUCCAUCAGCCUGCGCUCCGUCUACCAGCAAGGGCUCGACAACCACUACGCCGUCAAGACGGUCGCGCGGCACUACUACCAGACGGAGAGUGGCGGCGGCGGCGGGAAGGAUGCGGGGAGCUCGCUCGCGACGGGGCUUAUGAAUCAUGGCGCUAUUACCGCGCGUCUCGACGUGUUUCGCGAUGACCUCGAGUUCCUCGCAGGCCGCAGUAGCAGCGGCUCGACCACUAGGACGCCCUACGUCUUGUCCGAGGUGGGCAGCUCGCAGCGCAGGAGCAGCGCGAAGAAGGCCGACGACUAUGCUUCCCAGGCGACGCUCGGCGCCGCGCUGUGGCAGGUUGACUUGCAGCUCUACGCGUUAUCGCUCGGCAUCGCGCGUCUUCACUUCCAGCAGGCCAUGCGCGCCGGAAGCUCCAACCUCUGGCUCCCCGGCGCGUCGGGCAACGUCUCGGCGCAAGUCUUUGCGCGCUACUACGCGCAGCCCUUUGUGGCGGACUUUGUGGGCGCCGCCGGCACCGUCCAGGUCAAGAAUGUGCCGCUGGAGCCGAAUGUGUCGGCGUACGUGGCGUACGAGGCUGGCACGCCGCGGCGCGUCGCGGUGGUGAAUCUUGGGUACUGGAGCAGAUGCCAUAACUCGACGACGACGCGGCGCUCGCAAAAGGUGCGCAUCACGGCGCCGGCGGGCGUGGCCAAGGUGAGGGUGGUGCAUCUGACGAGCCCCCAGGGCGCGAGCGCGCGCGCCAAGACGGUGACGUAUGCGGGCAGUCAGUGGACGUAUGAGAGCUUGGGAAAGGAGGUCAAGGGCGUGAGGAAUGAUGGGGAUGUGUUGACGGUGCAGGGCGGUGUGGUUGACGUGCCGGUCAAGGAGAGUGAAGCAGUCAUUGUGCACUUUUUGUGA